AGACACACGAACAAUCUGUUUCUGUUCUCUCUGUGUUGCUGCGAGGACUACAGUUUACACUGUCAUUAAGAGCUUAGGUUUGUUAAUUUCAAAUAAGCAAAGCUGUGCGAUACAACCCGUUAGCGAUAUCGAAAGAAUGUGAAGGACACACCCAAUGUUACAAGUUGAGGUCAAGGACGAAGUACGUGCUGGAUGCUGCCCCAGGCUGACACGCUACCAGCUGAUAGGACUUGUCUUCAUACUUUCCUCAAGCCUCAUAUACAUGAUUAGCAUCAGGGUUAGUGAACACUGGGUUAGGGUUAGAGCAAGUUCGAGAACCUCAUCCCUUGUUUGUGCGUCUUACAUAGCUCACCAGAGAUUGGCUACAGUCUACACACAUGUAAAUAGUCCAGGAGACAGAAGAGGUCAUUUGACUUUUGAACCCAAUGCUAGCCGACAUUCCUACUUUCCGUCUGCCCUCGUUAUUGGUGCUCGGAAAGCUGGCACAAGAGCUCUUCUUCGUUUCAUCAACCUCCACCCUGAUGUCGUCAUAUCAGCCAAAGAGCUGCAUUAUUUUGACAGCUUCUAUGAAAAGAGCUUUGAUUGGUACCGCCGUCAGAUGCCUCUAUCCUUGCCACACCAGCUGACCAUAGAGAAGACACCAAACUACUUUGUCGAUUUAAAUGUACCGAAACGUGUCUACCAUUUUAACCCGUCGAUCAAACUUAUUCUAGUUGUAAGGAACCCAAUAGACAGGGCUGUAUCGGAUUACGUACAGCUUAAGUUCAAACUUAUGAAGAAGCAACAAAAGAAGAGGUUGGAGAAUGGUACAAUAUUUAGCUUCGGAGAUUUUGAGGACUACAUUUUUGUUGAGAACACAAGUGAAGUCAAUAAAUCGUAUGCACCCAUCAAAAGAUCUUUGUACUCUUGCCAUCUUGAACGCUGGUUGACCUAUUUUCGCCUUUCACAAAUCCUAGUUGUCGAUGGUGAAAAUCUCAAGGUAAAGCCUUGGGAGGAAACACAAAAGGUUGAAACCUUUCUGCACCUCCAACACCAAGUAAAACGCGAUCAAUUUGUUUACAACCAGACCAAAAGAUUUUUCUGCAUCAAGGGAGAAUCGAAACUAGGCCACGACCUACAUUUGACCAGCCCCCGAUGUUUAGCUGACAGCAAAGGGAGGCAACAUCCCAAAUUACGUCAUGGCACCAGAAAAAUUUUGCGAAAUUUCUUUCAACCUUUCAAUUCCAGAUUUUUCUCUAGAAUUGGUCGGAAAUUUAAUUGGAGCUAG